AUGUCAGCUCCUUGUAGUUGCAAGCAUGCAGAAGAAGAAUCCCAAAAUGGGAAAUUAUCAGUUUUAACUCCAGAAUUACAAAAGGAAUUCGAAGACCCAAACCAUCCAGCAAAUUUAAUCUGUGAAUUAUGUAGAUUGUUCUAUGAUAACAACUGGGUCACAGGUACAGGAGGAGGUAUUUCUAUUAGAGAUAUCGAAGGAAAGAAUCCAAAUUUAGUAUAUAUUGCUCCAUCCGGAGUUCAAAAAGAAAGGAUUCAACCUUGGGAAAUGUUUUUAGUUGAAUUACCAGAUGAAAAGAUUUUACGUACUCCAAAUGAUAUUCCAAAGGAAUUAACUAAAUCUUAUAAAUAUAAACCAAGUGCUUGUACUCCUUUGUUUAUGAGUUGUUAUGCCAUGAGAGAUGCUGGCGCUUGUAUUCAUACUCAUUCCCAACAUGCAGUAAUGGUUACUCUUUUGUUUGAAAAUCAGAAGGAAUUUUCCAUUAGUCAUAUUGAACAAAUCAAAGCUCUUCCAAAAUUAGAAUUUAAUGAAACAACAGGUAAAGUUGAAAAGGUAGGGAGUAUGGAAUAUUAUGAUAAGUUGGUUAUUCCAAUUAUUGAAAACACUCCUCAUGAAGAAGAUUUGACUGACUCUUUGCAAGAAGCUAUUCGUAAUUAUCCAGGUGCUUCUGCUGUCUUAGUUAGAAGACAUGGAAUAUAUGUCUGGGGUGAAACUGUUUGGAAAGCAAAGGUUUAUAACGAAGCAAUUGAUUAUUUAUUGGAAUUAGCUGUUAAAAUGAAACUUGCUGGUAUACCACUUGUUAAGGAAGAAUAA